ACAGGGGUCCCUAAAGAUGAAAAUAAUUUACUAAAAUGAAUAAAAGUUGUGUUGUUUGUUUGAGGUGGGAAAAAAGGUGAGAGUAAUACAAGUCCAGAGCUGCUGAUGGGGAAAGGUUUUCACUUCCACUGACCAAAUCACCUUCCACUUCCUCCUCUCCCUUUGAUUUGAAGACACAACUACUGCACCACAUUCUUUUGUUCUGAGAGACAAGAUUCUCAUGCCAAUGUAGGAGAGUGAAUCAGAUAUGUAUAAGAGUCAACUGCAAGAACUAGCACAAAGAAGUUGUUUCAACCUGCCCUCUUAUGCGUGCAUCAGAGAAGGGCCUGAUCAUGCACCAAGAUUCAAAGCUUGUGUGAACUUCAAUGGUGAGUUGUUUGAAAGCCCCACUUACUGCACCACCUUAAGAAAGGCUGAGCACGCAGCUGCUGAAGUAGCUCUCAAUGUCUUGUCCACAAGGGGUCCUUCAAGGUCUCUAACUGCCAGAAUUCUUGACGAGACCGGUGUGUAUAAGAACCUCCUUCAAGAAACAGCUCAUAGGACUGGUCUCAACCUCCCUGUAUACACCACUAUAAGAUCAGGCCCCGGACAUGCCCCCGUCUUCACAUCUACAGUGGAGCUUGCUGGUAUGAAUUUCACAGGUGAGUCGGCCAAGACAAAGAAACAGGCUGAGAAGAAUGCUGCAAUAGCAGCCUGGUGUUCAUUGAAGAAAAUGCCAAACUUGGGUUCAAUGUGUCAUCAGACAAAUAAAGAAACAGACAUUCGUGAAGAGCAGGAUCAGGCAGUUGUGGCAAGAAUUCUCUCAAAUUUCAGACCCAGGGAGGAAAAGAAACCAAAUAGGCCGAGAAGGGAUGAUCAGAUUCAGAACCAAACAAGAGGAGGAGGAAUAUUGAAUAGGGAUCAUCAUCAUCUAUGGAGGAGGCCUAUGGAUCUACUAAUGGAUUCUUUCUCCGAAGGUCCUGAACAGAAACAGAACAGUUUUGUAUCUCUGCUCCCUCCACCACCACCCAGAACAAGUUCAAAAAUCUUGCAAACAACUUCAUCUAGAGACACUAGUUCAUCUUUGUACUACCAAUAUUCAUCAGAUCAUAGCCCUAGUAGCAUAGUCACGGGGCAAUGCCAAUCACAAGUAGUUAAAAAGCAAGAGGUAGCAGUGGCACCACCACUUGCACUUGAUGAGCAUCAAAAGGACGAGGAUGAAUGGCUGAGUGGAAAAUCAUCAUCAGAUCAUGUGAUGAAGGAGGAUAGUGGGCUGGGGCCGAACUCUAUUAUGUACAGGCAAGCAUUUUCACUAGCCAAUUAUAGUGGGAGAAGCAGGCUUGUUGGAACUCCAUCUACAUCUCCAAUGCCAAUAAUGUCUUCUUCCAUCAAGUGUAGUCCUCCCACAUGCAGCAACUACAUUGGCAUUGGAGGAGGGUACAAGUACAACCCACAAAGGAGGAUUGCUCCAGCAGUCCAAAUCAGGUCAGUAAUUCCAGUAUGUGCAACACCAUCACAACCUGCUCCUGCUCCUGCUCCUGCAGUGAGACCCCCACAACCAUCAAUGAAAGAAGCUGCAGCUACUACUUCAAUGUCCACCACACAUGGAGGAGGAGGAGGAGGAGGAGGAGGAGGAGAAGGAGCAGAGGUGGUCUCAUCAGCCAGUCCAAGGUUCAACAAGCUGCUACAGGUAAACACAACCCAGCUCAGCUCCGACUUCAAUAACAAGCUACACUUAUCAAGAAAUUAACAACCAAAACCCACAAUUACACAAGUUGUAUUUGGCUGUUUUGUUCAUUAAACAAGUUGUGUUUUGAGCCUUUUUACUGUUUUUCCCGAUGAGGUGUGUUAUUGCCCUUUAAAAAACCAAUAUUUUGGCUCAUGGAUCUUGGGCAAUGGAUUUCGUAAAAGAACAUUAAAAUUUUGGUGUAUAUUUUUUCAACUUGACAUUAAUUAUUGUACCCACAGAGAGCAUUAAUUGAGAUCUGGAGAGUUGUUGGUUGAAGAUUGAGGAGAUAAAAAGAGAGAUAUGUGGGGAGGGCAGGGCAGUAGAGGUAGCAAUGAAAGCGGUGUGGAGAUGAGUAGCCACGGCCAGGCAAACAAUUGUAGCGAUAAACACAAGGCAUUAAAAGUUACUGGUCAGAAUGAUUAAUUGCUCCUGUCUUCACCAUUAAUGGCCUUCUCUCUCUCAUGCACCCAGAGGAAAGAGAGAUGGUCUGUUGUCUCUUCUUUAAUACGGCUCGUUUCUUACUUCAGUCACUAUAUAUAUAUAUACAUGCGAGUAUAUAUUUAUAUUA